UUAAUAUGACUUAAGUGAUAAGAAAACAACGUAUAGAUUUACAUUCUAAAUGAAGCUUGAUUCAUGAAAACUGUAAAGUACAUUUUAUGUAAAUAUGUAAAUUGAUGAUAGAGGGCUUAUCGUGUUUGACGUUUGUGAGAGGAAAAGUACUGAUUGUUUACAAUUUUACAAGAUCUCAAAAGUUCAGAGGAAUAGGUAAAUGACAUGGAUGUCAAUGCAGAUGAUGACGGAACACACAGCGAAUUAGAAUAUCCAGAAAAUAGACAAAAUAAUGUCGAAGAGGAUUAUUCAGAAGAAAAUACAGAUGAAACAUCUAUAUCUACUGAAAGCACUUUUGACUUGACAUUACCAGCAACACAUUCUUAUUUAGGACAUAAUUUAGAAGAACUUAGAGGGAGGACAAUAUUAGAUGAUGGACUUUAUGUUAACUUGCCAUUACUAGUGAAACAGUCUGUCAUGUUAUUUCCUGGACAAACAUUACCAAUGACAGUAUUUGAUGCACAAACCAUUGAUAUGAUAAGAACUUGCAUUGAAAAUGACCGGACAUUAGGUGUUGUAUGUUUGGGAUAUGAUAAAAUGGUACCAAUAGGCACAACUGCUGAAAUUUAUGAGUGUAUGUAUGAUCCUGAUCAAGGUUUUCGUUUGAAAGCUAAAGGCAGACAAAGAUUUAAGAUUCUCAGAGUUAUAAUUCAGGGAUAUGAUAAAAUAUCAGCCCGUGUACAAGUUUUACCAGAAAUAACGCUUGGGCCACCAUUCUUAGACGAACGUAUAGCCUCGUUAGAUCAUAUACGAAUACAUCCGAAAAAUGAGGAAGAUUUUAAGAAACAAGAAAAAGUAGAAAAUGUAGAUGCUGUAGUAACUCCUUGGCCUGCUUGGGUAUACAGACAAUAUGAUCCUUUAAGACUUUCGUUAAAAAUACGACAACGUUUACAAUUUAUCGAAAGCAAAGGAAGUAGUAUACCAGAAGAUCCAUCAGACUUAUCAUUCUGGGUUGCCCAAAAUUUGUUACUAGAUGAUAAUGAGCGAAUCGUUUUAUUAAAUUACGAUUGCGCAAUUUCAAGGCUACAAAGAGAAAUUAAAUAUCUAGUAGAAGAUAAAAUAUUUGUUUGUUGUAAUUGCGAUUCUUACAUUGGAAGACAAUCACAUAUGUUUCCAAUGAGUAAAGAAGGUCCACAGGGUACAUAUUGUAACCCUGCUGGUAUUAUACAUGAAACUGUAACUUUGUAUCACGCGCAAGGCCUUGCCCUAAGUGAUAAUCCACCGUCAAUAAAUUAUACAUGGUUUCCAGGAUACGCCUGGACUGUCGCGACGUGUAAAAAUUGUGGUGAUCAUAUGGGAUGGAAGUUUACAGCAGUUCAAAAUAAUUUAAAACCUAAGGCAUUUUGGGGAUUGAUGCGUAAAAGUUUGAAAAAUAAAGAAAAAUGAGCAAAACAAAAAUUCAAUAAAUACCUUAGACCGAAA